AUGGAAUUUAUAUUCUUAGGCAUUCUUGGUCUUUGUGCAAUUGUUCUUUCAAGUCCAUACGAUAUCUCAAAUUAUGUACCGGCUGCAUUAAUACUUCUAUGUGAACAUUUACAUGAUUCCGAUCUUAUUCAAAAAUCAGUUAAAAAAGCUUUAUCAGAAUUUCGUCGUACUCAUCAUGAUUCAUGGCAUCAACAUCGAGAAAAAUUUACGGACGAUCAACUUGUUAUCUUUGAUGAUGUAUUAAUAUCGCCAAAUUACUAUGUAUAA